CCUCUGGAUAUUCUAGCUUCAUGACUCGACCAGGUUCUGGCUUUCUAUUAAUUUUGGUCUCUACUAUCGGGGGAAAUGCUUCAACAACGUCAAACCACACUGGCUUGCUCUUCAUAGCUCCAGAACGAAAACUUCUCCACUUGGCGAUCCUCAAUUGGACAGAAGGCACGCAUUGGCUGAGUGAUGGGCGAGGACUGACAACAUUGCUGAUGUCCAAAAUACUGAUGCAAGCGAUCUAUUCAUGAGAUGAGUGAACACCCUAGUGUAGUAUCCCAGUGGAACUUAACUACACACAUCAAUCUUUUGCUGUUUGGGGAGUAUUUGAAGGAUUUAACCAUGAGUAUUCUUCGCAUGUUUUCAUUUGGAAGCAUUUCUGAACCAGAAACAAAGCUGGACCCAGCUUCGAUAAAGCUUAUAAGAGAAUCCUGGAGUGAAGUGGAGAAAGGUGAUUUACAGGAAACUGGGUUGGUGGUAUUCAGAAGAUUAUUUGAGAUAGCCCCGUACCUUCGUGAUUUGUUUCCCUUCGGUUACAACCCUGACGGCAAGGAUCUAAAGGCACACGCCCUUGGCGUCAUGAGCACUGUUGGAGUAGCCGUCAGGGGACUGGACGACCUGGAAAGUUUGAAGCCUAAGCUUGUGGAGCUUGGGGCUCUACACAAGGGAUUUGAAAUCACGGAUAAGGAAUUCAAGCAUGUUGGUGAGGCAAUUAUAUGGACCUUGGAUAAAGGUCUUGGGGACCAGUUCACGCCUGAAGUCAAGGCUGCUUGGGUAGAAGCCUAUGGACUCAUAACAACCACGAUGAAGGAAGGUCUAAAAUAAAUAUCCAACUACACAUACUUUAUCAAUCGACAAGGGGGGAUUGAGGGCCCCUCCAUCACCCCAGCCCCCUGCACUCAAUUGGCUCAUACAAAGCACUUAUAAUAUAGAAUUCACAAUUCAUUUAUCAACAAUAUAUUUAAUAACUCCAUCAUAAUUAAUGCUGUAUCAUAUUAAAAGCAAUGAUGUUGGGUUACAUGUAAAGAGUUACAGUAUAUGCAUUUGAAGAUCGUAAAAAUAUUAAUUUUAUCUUUUGACUGAAGAGGAUUUACAUCUAUUGGUUUUAAACAUUUAUUUCAUGUAUAUACUCUUUUUGGUAUCUUAAUCAUGGAUGCAUGCAUGAAAAUAUUAUAUAUAAUAGCAAAGAUUAAGGGAUUAUUAUAGGGUUUUCAUAACCUCUGGAAUCCAGGGCCAGGUUGUACGAAGGAUGGAUAGUGCUAUCCCAUGGAUAGGUCUUAUCCAGUGGAUAAAUUUAUUGAAURACAGCAUCCACUUAUUCACUGGAUGAGGAUUUAUCCAUUGAAUAGUACUAUCCACCCUUCGUACAACCGGGCCCAGGGUACAUUUUCUUAGAGCAAGUGGUAUAGUAGUAGUGUUAUACUAUUUUAACUUCCAUUCAAACAAUCAUGAAUGAGAUACAAUAAGAAAAUACAAGUGAAAUUUUCAAGGAAA